AUCAUCCAUCACCAACAACAGCAACGUUGGGCUACGAUGAGCUCGUCAGCUACUGCAUCAGCUACUGAUAACAUCCAUGCACAGUCAUCAAAGCAUUCCAGGCUAGAUGCCGCUAAGACGAAUCUCCAGUAUCUGGCACUGGGCAAUAAAGGAGGAGCUGUACCUGCUUCUCUGACAACGCGAUCGGCAUUGACAACGACGAGAUAUGUUAUCCGAUAUGCCAUCCGCAGAUUAAUCAGAUACGCCAAAUACGCAGCCGUAGGAGCCAUCGUCGCUGCUUUGGGAGGAACAUUACUCGGUACAUUAGGGAGCGGGAUAGCAUUCUUCGCUGCUCCAAGUAUACCAGUCGGUAUGGGCAUAGGGGUGAUCACAGCCAUGGUCAAGUUCGGAUGGAGACAUCGUGGUAAUCAUUUUAGAGGAGGCGGUUGGGAGGGUAUGAAGGCUCGAGCGGCAGAAGGACAGGAUGGAGCAAAGGAUGAAGAAUCAGAUGCGGUGGAGAAUCAGAGGCAGAGUGAGAGGGCAUGGCAGAGGAGAAGAGAGGAUGUGUGGAUGAGGGCGUAGACGUCAAUGCCACACAAAUCCCCAUACCUCAUCGGUUCUCAGAGGUAGCGCUAUCCUAUCCGUGGGUGGACCAUGACUCUGCCCACGUUCAGCUUGCACGCCA